CGGGGGGGCGCGCGGAGGCGCCGGGGCGGGCGCGCGUCCGUGGCGGUGAUGGCGGUGCGUGAACGCGCGGCGGCAGCAAUGGCCGCUCUGGAGCGGCGGGUGCCGAGUCUCGAUGACUUCGCGGGACAGAGCUGGAGCUCGUGGGUGGAGCGGGCCGACCUGCCCGCGGCCGACGGGGCUGAGCUGGAGGACAGCAACAAGAAUGGGAAGAAGAAGUUGGACGCCAUGACCCUCAUAAAAGAAGACAUGUCCAUCUUUGGGCACUGCCCUGCCCACGAUGAGUUCUACCUGGUCGUAUGCAACCACUGCAGCCAAGUGGUGAAGCCUCAAGCUUUCCAGAAGCACUGCGAAAGAAGACACGGGCCCCUCAGCAAACUGUAUGCACGAGCUCAGGCCUCUGCCACCUCUCAAAAAUGCCACGCAGUAAAUGGCCAGGGCCCAGCCUGUGGGGGCCAAGGCCCCGCCAAAGCCUCCUCCAAGGAGAAGGUGCAAGGGGGCCGCGGCAGGGCUAAUCACCCGCCCGAGAAGGCACAGAAGGACAACCUCUGCCUCUUCGUGCCUGUGGUGAAUUUGGAGAAGAUUUCCAGUCUCCCUAAACCUGAUGGACAAGGGAUCAGAGUGAAUCCCAAGCCUCUGACUCCCCAUUCCACUUUCCUUGGCCCACCCAGUGGUCUUACUAAGGAUGCCCCUGGGAAAACCCCCCCAGCUCCCUCUUCCAAAGAGCUUCCCAGCAAAGGGAACAACGACUCAGUUCUCAUCGAGGGGCCUAGCCCCCAGGCCGAGAGUGGUAGCCCCCCAGAGAAGGAGCCCAGUGUUGCCAGGCUUCAGCCCAAGGCCCACAAGAAGAUGGCGCGGAAGGAGUGUGAUCUGAACAGGCAGUGUGGGGUAGUGAACCCAGAGACCAAAAAGAUCUGUACCCGCCUGCUGACCUGCAAGAUUCACUCAGUGCAUCAGCGCCGGGAGGUCCAGGGCCGGGCCAAGGACUUUGAUGUGCUGGUGGCUGAGCUGAAGGCCAAUUCCCGAAAAGGGGAGUCCCCCAAAGAGAAGAGCCCUGGGCGCAAGGACCUGGGCCCCGAGCGCCUCUCUCAGGAGCUGCCCUCCUCGGCCCAGGCAGCGGCCGCUCUGCCUGGCAGCACCUUUACAGCUAGGGCCAAGCAGACCUACCCUUACUGUACACUGCCUCGGUCCCGGGUCUCCUCGGAGAGCGAGCUAGAUGAAGAAGGCCCCUGUGGCGGCGAUCGAGACCCAGGCCUAUUUCCCUUCCCUCUGCCUCGGGGUGGGGCCCAGGCUUCCAGCGAGGAGAGCGAGGAAGAAGUAGCGCCUGAUGAUUUCCACCAUGUCCCCGACUGUCAUUAUGCAACUCGGCCCCCUCGGCCGCAGGCGUUCUGCACCUUCGGGAGUCGGCUGGUGAGCCCUGGCUGUUACGUGUUCAGUAGGCGACUGGACCGCUUCUGCUCGGCGCUCAGCUCCAUGCUGGAGCGGCAUCUCAGCUCCCACAUGUGGAAGAAGAUCCCGCCAGCCGCAGAGCCCCCGUCCCACCUCCUCGUCUCCCCCCCACCUGUUCCCCUGAGCCCUUCCUCGGCCGGCACCUGCCCCCGCCUUUCCGGCCCCGGUCACAGGCCUCCCUUCCCACCCUCUGCGCCCAUCACCAAGGACAACCCGGCCCCUGGCUAUCCUGCAGGCUCUCCCAGCGUAGGGGCGGCCUGCAGCCAGGCAGAGUGCAUGGGUGGGAGUCAGGCCAUCACCUCACCGCUGCCUGCCAACACCCCUUCACCCUCCUUCAGUAAGCUGCCUCCUUCCAAGGCCAGCAAGCUGUCAAAGGGCAAGGACGGGACUGACGUGGAGGCCCCAUCCCGCAAGCGGAAGUUGUCCCCCGGCCCUGCAGCCUUCAAACGGACCUGUAUCCUGGAUCCUCCUGGGAAAGGCAAACCCACGGGCUGCCGAGCCCUCCCUGCCAAGACUAAGCCGGCUCUGGGCAUAGGGCUCAAUGGGGCAGUGGGACCCCGGGUGAAACGGGCAGGGCCCCUGGACUGUCGGGCCUCCCCACAUGCACCCCCAGCACCCGUCAAGGCCUCCCAGCUGGAGAACCGGGGGGGAGCUGGCCAUCCAGCCAAAGCUCUACAGCCUAACUGCCUCUCCGAGGAAGAGGCCAAGAAGAGGAAAAACCUGGCCACCUACUGCCGGCCAGUGAAGGCAAAGCACUGCCCCGCGGGGCCCCCAGCGGCCGACGCGGCCUGCUCUGUGCGCAGGAAGAAGCCCAGCCCAGCCUUGGGCUUUGAGGAGAAGUGCACCACCCUGAAGUCAAAAGCGCAUUAAUGAGAAAGUGCCUGCCCACCGCAACGGAGCUGCCAGCGCCUCCUCCCUCUCCAGGAUCCAGGCCCCAGGCUGCUGCUGCUGCCGCUUUUUAUAACUUUAUAUUAUUUUUUUUAAG